AGACGGUUGACCUGAACCCUCCUCCACAGCCCCUUCCUUCCUUGCCCCCCUCCCUCUUCCCUGCACCCGGGCUCUGGCUCGGUAUAAAAGGCGAGAGCGCGGGGUGCCCCAGCAGCGACGAGUUUCAGCACCAUGGAGAGCCCCCGCUUUCGUCUGCUGCCCCUCCUGGGUGCCUCUCUGCUGUUGCUGCUACCUCUGCUGGGCGCGCGUGCCCAGGAGGACGCCGAGCUACAGCCCCGAGCCCUGGACAUCUACUCCGCCGUGGAGGAUGCCUCCCAUGAGAAGGAGCUGAUUGAAGCGCUGCAGGAAGUCCUGAAGAAGCUCAAGAGCAAACGUAUUCCCAUCUAUGAGAAGAAGUACGGGCAAGUUCCCAUGUGUGACGCUGGUGAGCAGUGCGCAGUGCGAAAAGGAGCGAGGAUCGGGAAGCUGUGCGACUGUCCCCGAGGAACCUCUUGUAAUUCCUUCCUCCUGAAGUGCUUAUGAGGUGCCACCCUCCUCCAACAGUCCCCAUUUCCUCCACUUCCCAGAGAGGACCAUACAUUUAUUUAUCCCUGGAGCUGGGCUUUAGCGACAAAGUUUGCAUUUCCCUCUAAGGGCGAUGAGGCUGUUUUCCUGCUGUUUUCAAAUAAAAAAAUACAUUAGAUGUUACUUUGUGAAGGAUAAUGCCUUGUGUGGUGUUGAUAUGUGUACAAAGUAUUCUUAUUUUAUUUGUCUGACAGACUCUUGUGCAUCUUUGUGUAAAGUAGGGGAACUUUGCUUUGAAAAUUGUAUUUUCAUAUGUGGCAUGCAGGAUGAAAAUUAGAUCUAGGUAAUGUUAGUAGAUGACAUCACAAACUGGAAAAUAAAUCACUCCCAGCAUCACAAAUCGAAGCAUGUACAAAUUAUACAUAAUAAAGUGUUUUUAAUAAUUGC